CCUCCCUCAGUGAGACUCCUGCGAUCCCGUCUUCACACAAACACACGCUCGCACAGAACACAGAACUCUCGGCAACUUUUAUGAGCCUCAACAUGGCAACCCUGCCUCGCUUCUGAUUCCAACGAGAGGCAGGGACAUCGACGCGUAAGUCACAGCUGGGGCAGAAAGACAGGAAGCUGCCACUGGGUCACAUACUGCGCUUUACUACAGGGACGCCGCUGAUCUGGGACCAGCUGGAAGGACAACAUGGGUUUAUGGACAGCACUGAUUCUGGCCUUGCAGCUUCUAUUCAAACUGUGCUCCCACGUGGAGGCCCAGGCUUUGGUCUAUGAUCUGCUCACCUCACCCGAUUGCCUGCCAGACCUGCUGCAGGGGGGUCUGAGCGAGCAAGGGGUAAAUGAGGUCUUCAUCCUGACCUCCUUCAAGCUGCAGCCCAAGUCCGGGGCCACUGUGUUCAGCCUGUACAACCCCAGGGACAACAGCAAGUACUUUGAGUUCACGGUGAUGGGGAAACUCAACAGAGCCGUGCUGCGCUACCUGCGGAGCGACAAGAGGAUGAGCUCCGUGACCUUCAACAACCUGGUGCUGGCCGACGGCCAGCUGCACCGCCUGCUGUUCCACCUGCGGGGCCUGCAGCAGCAGGGGCCCGGCGGGGUGGAGCUGCACCUGGACUGCCGGCUGGUGGAGACGGUCAGGGAUCUCCCUGCGGCCUUCCAGGGUUUGCCGGCGGGGUAUGGUACGGUGGAGCUGAAGACCAUGCAGGCCAGAGAGCAGGAGAGUUUAGAUGAGCUCAAGCUGGUGGUUGGAGACUCCUUUGAGAAUGUUGCUUCAUUACAAGACUGUCAUUUCCAACAAAGAGACUCUGUUCAAACUCUAGGGGUCAACACAAAGCAGCUGUCAAAUCAAAUGCUGGAGUUAACGAAAGUGAUAAACGAGCUGAAGGACGUCCUCAUUCAGCAGGUCAAAGAAACCUCAUUUCUCAGAAACACAAUCUCAGAGUGUCAGGCCUGCGGUCUGGGUGGAACGGAGGAAGUCAAACCGAGGUGUGCCCCCGGCGUCUGCUUCCGGGACGACAUGUGCAUAGAAACAGUGGACGGCGUGGAGUGCGGCCCUUGUCCCGAUGGCUACACGGGGGAUGGCUUCAACUGCGACGACGUGGAUGAGUGCCAGUUUAACCCCUGCUUCCCUGGAGUGAAGUGCGUGAACACGGCCCCCGGCUUCCGCUGCGACGCCUGUCCGCUGGGCUACGUGGGGCUGCCGGUGGAAGGAGUGGGCAUCGUGUUUGCCCAAACCAACAAACAGGUCUGUGAUGACAUUGACGAAUGUGAAGGACCCAACAACGGAGGCUGCACCGACAACUCCAUCUGUCAGAACUCUGUGGGCUCCUACCACUGCGGCACCUGUAAGACGGGUUUCACGGGGGAUCAGGUGAAGGGCUGCAAGCCGGAGAUCAGCUGCGGCAACAGCCUGACCAACCCCUGCGACGCCAACGCCAAGUGUGUCCUGGAACGGGACGGAUCUGUGUCCUGUCAGUGCGGAAUCGGCUGGGCCGGCAACGGCUACCUGUGCGGGAAGGACACGGACAUCGAUGGGUACCCGGAUGAGAAGCUGAAGUGCAAGGACGCGAGCUGUAAGAAGGACAACUGCGUCUUCGUUCCCAACUCCGGCCAAGAGGACGCAGACAGGGACGGCCAGGGGGACGCCUGCGACGACGACGCCGACGGCGACGGCAUUCCUAACGUGCAGGACAACUGCUGGCUGAGGCCCAACGUGGACCAGAAGAACAGCGACAAGGACAGUCACGGCGACGCCUGCGACAACUGCCGCAUGGUGGACAACUCCGACCAGCGCGACACCGACGGCGACGGCAAAGGGGACGCCUGCGAUGACGACAUGGACGGAGACGGUCUGAAGAACUUCCUGGACAACUGCCAGCGUGUUCAGAACCGGGACCAGCUGGAUCGGGACGGAGACGGGGUGGGAGACGCCUGCGACAGCUGCCCCGACAUCCCCAACCCGAACCAGUCUGACGUGGACAACGACCUGGUUGGAGACUCCUGUGACACCAACCAAGACAGCGAUGGCGACGGUCACCAGGAUACCAAGGAUAACUGCCCGCUGGUGAUCAACAGCUCCCAGCUGGACACCGACAAAGACGGACUGGGUGACGAGUGCGAUGACGACGACGACAACGACGGGAUCCCGGAUGUCAUACCUCCUGGACCCGACAACUGUCGCCUGGUUCCAAACCCCGACCAGACGGACGACAACAGUGAUGGCGUCGGAGACAUAUGCGAGUCCGACUUCGACCAGGACAAAGUGAUCGACCGGAUUGACAACUGUCCUGAGAAUGCUGAGAUCACCUUGACGGACUUCAGAGCCUAUCAGACGGUGGUGCUCGACCCCGAGGGCGACGCUCAGAUCGAUCCCAACUGGGUUGUUUUGAACCAGGGAAUGGAAAUUGUCCAGACCAUGAACAGUGACCCAGGUCUGGCUGUUGGCUACACAGCUUUCAGCGGUGUGGACUUCGAGGGGACGUUCCACGUGAACACGGUGACGGACGACGACUACGCCGGCUUCAUCUUCGGCUACCAGGACUCGUCCUCCUUCUACGUCGUGAUGUGGAAGCAGACCGAACAGACCUACUGGCAGGCGACACCCUUCAGAGCGGUGGCCGAGCCCGGCAUCCAGCUGAAGGCUGUGAAGUCCAGGACGGGCCCUGGGGAGCACUUGAGGAACUCGCUGUGGCACACGGGCGACACCAACGACCAGGUGCGCCUCCUGUGGAAGGACCCCAGAAACGUGGGCUGGAAGGACAAAGUGUCCUACCGCUGGUACCUGCAGCACCGCCCCCAGGUUGGAUACAUCAGGGCGAGGUUUUAUGAGGGAACGGAGCUGGUCGCGGACUCUGGCGUGACUAUCGACACGACCAUGAGGGGAGGACGCCUCGGCGUGUUCUGCUUCUCGCAAGAAAACAUCAUCUGGUCCAAUUUGAAAUACCGCUGCAACGACACCAUCCCUGAGGACUUCCAGGAGUUCAGCACUCAGCACGGCGUCGACUCGCUCUAAGGUCAGGAGGGUCGAGGCGACGCCGGCUCUCCAGAGAUUCCAGCGCGUGGGUGUGUGAGCGUGUGCGAGAGGGAGCGUGGGCGUGUGUGGGCGUCUGUGGCCCCGUGUAUUGAUGUGUACAGGUUCUGUGCAUGUGUGAUACGUACUGCGUGUGCCUAUUAUUGUGUCUCGUUCCUAUUCUGACUAAUCAUUUUAUGAUUCCAGCCUUAUAACCAGCACAAACCAGCCCUGCAUCAGAUGUCUUCUGUAUUGAUCACACAGGGGCCAUGCUGCACUGUGUUUAACUAUCAGCGUGGUAUUUUUACCCCUUUUGUGGAGGCAAUGAACAGGCUCACUUUUGUAUGACUCAGACUCCGCCUUGUCUCACUGUAGAUGCUUGACUUAGAGCUCAGCGUAUCUGUAUUUUCUUGUUGAACCCUUCAAGCUCUUGAACAUUUCUCGUUUGUAACCAUGAACCUGGUCAAAAUAAAGGGCUUUAAAAUACA